CUGUGUACAUGAAUACCUAUCGGAUGAUAUAACGCUCUUGGGGUUUCCAGAAUAUUCUGCAAUUCAAGGAAGGUGCAUAUAUAUUAGUGUACUGAGUGGGAUUGUAUCGGACAGAGCCUCCAGACCAUCACACGCGCAGAAGGCAACCGUAUAAUAUUUGCUGGGUAACUUAAGACGUCGGGGUAUGGCUCACAGAAUUCCUAUACACCAAGACAAUCUCAGUUUCGAGGAAAGACAGAGCAAGAUAUGGGAGGAUAUGGAGAAAGACAUGGAACGUCGCCGAAAGGAAUGGGAGAGCGAAAUAGACAGCAUGCGAACGGAUUUCUUCCAUAUGAAGCCAGACGAUAAUAAACUGGAGUCGAUGACCGAUCGCCUUGGGAUAGCAGACAGCCGGACUUCGUCGGACGCGCGGACAACCAUAGACAAGGAUCAGAACGGCCAACCAGUGUAUCGUGCUGUGUUUAACGUGAAGGAUUACAAACCUGACGAAGUCAAUGUGAAAAUGGACGCCGAUAAAUUAAUUGUGAACGCCAAACACGAGGAAAAGAAUGAAGGAAAAUCAGUAUGUCGCGAGUUCAGCCGAGAAGUGAAUAUUCCUCGGGAAGUAGAUCCUAUGUCCCUUGGUUGUACCAUAUCGUCCGACGGUAUCUUGACGGUGGAAGCUCCCCUUCCGACCCCUCAAUAUGCUCCCAUAACUGACAACCGAGGCUCUGCUCAGAGGAUCAUUCCUACAGCAACACCUUCCGUUGCGGCUGCUGCGCCUGCUCCGCCACCAGCGCCCUCUAGUGGCACAAAUCCAACAACACAUACAUCUACCUUCAAGACAUUCAUGUCCCCAAAAGGAGCUGUACAGUCAUUCAACACAGGCACGCCACCGAUGGGAACAGUAAAUCCCGCUCAUUCAAUGCCAUUUUCCCCACAAACAUUCUCAACGAGUAACGUGUCGUCAUCCUCCUCCAAAUUUGAUACGCGAAGCAGCUCCGGUUCCCCCGCCAAUACGGACGGGGAACGCAAAUACAGAGUAGAAAUUGAUAUUGAAGAUUUUAGCCCUGAAGAAUUAACAAUUAAAACAGUUGACCAGAAAUUGAUCAUCAGCGCCCGACGGGAAGAAAGAAUCGGGUCAAGGACAUCUACAAAAGAACUAAAUCGAGAAAUCAGUCUACCUGACACAGUCGAACCAACAGCUGUGAAGGCUUUCUUCUCAGACAGUGGCAAACUGCUCAUUGAAGCGCCUUAUCUAAAACCCUUGGUAGUGGGACAUUACUCUCAAGGACGUGAGGGAUCCCCAAUGACGGGGCGAUAAGUGACUCUGCGCUGUAGCACAUGUUAUGGGACCGUGGAGUCUCGCCUUGGAUAAGACACUAGUUUAAACUGUGGAGUAUAAGCUGUUGUUUACACUCUGACAUAUACGUUUAAGGUUACAGCAAAAUUGGAAACAACGCACUGCGCUAAAUUUGUUUUAUCGUUGCGCUCCGUCAUUGUCCUUUAAGCUGAUAGUUACAUUUUGUGUUUAUAGACAUUUAUUAGGUUAAAUACGUGCAGCUUUAUUUAUUUUACGAUAAAAACUGUAUUGGCAAGUGUAAUAAUGUUCAGUAGAUGAUGUCACCGAGCUAUUUGGCAGGAUCACGUGACAUUUUAAUGGCGGAUAACAACAGAACAUCCCAUGUCAAUAACUAAAUACUCUAAUGUAAAGGUCACAGCGGAACUUCGUCACUGUUCAGAGUUCGAACGAGACGCCAAUGCAUUGUUGGCGUCUGAACUCCUUAGACGUAAUUUUUUAAUGAUCCUCAAACCUGAGAUUAUUUCAUAUCUAACGUAUAAACGUAGGAACUUUAAAAACAUGUAUUAAAAUGUUGAUUAUCAUACAAUGUAUGGGUUUCUUGCCUUAUGAAAGAAUAUUCAUUUAUGUAAUUAAAUUAUAAAUUAAU